AAGUUCACCAGUGCAUUGUACACACCUACAGGGAUCCCACCAGUAGCUGGCCUAAGACAUGUUGUAUAAGCAACUGCUGAUUGUUUUGCUUGUUUGACUGAGCCUUGCACCUAAUCAUGGUCUGUCCAACCUUUUUGAGAGUGACUCCAGAUGCUGUUCUGAGUAGCCCCAGCCUGUACCUGGCUGCAGCAACGGCAGAAGGAACAUAGGCCAUAGGGACCCAGCAGCUGGAAUCGCCAGCCAGCUGCUGGUGGGAGUGCCCUGGGGGUGUGUGCAGUUCACUAGCGAACUUGAAGCUGGACCAGGUCACAAGCAAGAGGAGACAGAUCUGGAAAGACCCAAGGUCUGUGCCAGCUGCUGGGUAAGUAGCUUGACAUCCAGCCACAGACAUUAACUGAAUUCCCAUGCUCAUAUUUAAGGAACCUAUGAACAUGCUGUGCUUGUGAAUCUAGGGAGUGAUUUGUGUGUAUGUUCCAGUCCUGAUCAGCUGGAGAGGAAGAUGAGUACUGGGUUCUGCUUUUUGUGUUAAGUGGGUUCUGGGAAAGGUCCUGCUCUAUGCUAUUUUGGUUUGCCAUUCAUGCCUUUGAAGUAUGUGUGCAUGUUCUUGAAUGUGAUCUAGCUCUUUAGAAGCCCAACUAAGCAACUCACAUCAUUGGGUUGAGACAGGAGAAACCUCCUGAGAAUGGGAGUGCUCCCAAUUCAGCUCCAGCUCUUCUGCAAGGAGGAAUUCCCUGUGAGCACAAACACAGCAUGCACAAAAACCGUGUGCACACCCUGUAUUCACACACAGGGUGCAUAGAGACACACAUGGGGUACAAAGAGAAGGUGCAGUGCACAACCAGAGUGUGCACACCCAGACUCUGAAACACCUGUUUUGAGCACAAGGGCAAUGCAGAAUGUUCACAUACACAAAGAAUGCCUGUGUGCGCAAAACUGGCUCACACACACCCCCCCCCCCCCCCACAUACGCAGGCAGUGCAUGCACACCCUACAGGACACAUACUAUGCAGAAUGCACCCACCCCUACACCCUGCGCACAGUAUGCACCCAUCCGUCUGCCCACAUGCAUGCUCACAGCAUACCAAGUGCUGUAUGCCACGUAGAAUGCACCUUCUAUAGAUGCACAUGCAAACUCACAUGUGCAUGCAUGCAUACAUACAUGUCCACGCACACAUACAGGCAUAAGCACAUGCCCACACUUCAUACAUGCAGAGAUACAGAGCAAAGUGCCUGUGCUUUGUGCAGCAUCUCGGGUCCUGCUGUACUCUUCUUCCGGAUAAACUGUGCAGACAGAGGCCUUCAGGACAUUCUGCCUCAGUUCCCUUCUCUGCCUGUUCUUGAGCUUUUUCUGGUUUUCAAAAGCAGACACUGCAGUCGGGUGCAGCCUUCCCGGGUGCUGAACCUACCCCUUUUUCCCUUGUUCUCCUUAUCACUCCCUUCCCUCAGAGAGCUGCUGCUGCUCUUUGCACUGUCCCUGCUCUGUUUACACGUCACAGAUCUGCCCGAUAUGGGCUCCUGUAUUCAGGCACAAGCAGCAGUCUUUGAGGCUGAAGGCGGAACUGCCGUUGCUGUACGCAAACACACUUGCUUGAAGAGUGCCCAGGCUCCCACAGAGCGCAGCCUGCUCCCGGCAGCGCCGCACCCUCUGCGUGUCCCGUGGGUCCUGCACCCUGCGCGCACCAGAACAGCGGCUUCCUCGGCUCUUCCCGAAGGCAGGAAGCCCGGAGCAACGGCCUGGGCCGGCACCUGCUGCCAGCCACGGAAGGGGGACAGCGGCCUUUCCCCCGGGCCACCCAGCCCCAGCGCAGGGGACAGCCGCUCGCCGCCACCCCUUCCCGCUACGGACAACGGCUCCCAGCACGCCCCGCGGCGGCGCUAG